UUUAUAAACUUUGAAAUUUGACGUGAGGGUGACAUAUGUAGAUUUGUAUGACAUUUAAUUAAAAAGUUUACGAUUACGAAGGAAUUUACUAGAGAUAGAUUCAGAUAGAUUUAAACUAUUUCUUACUUUUUAAAAUGUCUGAGCUUCAUUAGUAAUAUAAAAUAAAUACAGACUUAGUUUAAGAAGUAACAAUACUUUGGUGAGGUAUGGUGUUAAUGAGACAAUCAUGUCUAAACCUUCAAAAAUCAAGGAACAGAGCAGGUUACUGGACUUAUCCAGUGAUGAAGAAUCAGAAGACUUGCACUUAGAAAUUAUACCAAAUAGAAAAAGGAAAAUAACGAGGAAAGAACGCAACAGGAAUGUUACAUCAAAGGUAGCAGAACCUAACAUUGGGUCAGAAGUACAAUGUGCGUUGUGUUGGGCAGUAAGAGGCACUUUGCUGCUUUGGUUGUUAAUGCUCACGUGGAUUUGUGCUUCUCUCUAUGACCAGGUUUCAAUUAUUAAGUUGGAUAUAGACAAAGUUUCAACAAGCAGUGACGGCGUAGGGGACGCAUUACAAGUAUGUCACACUGCAGCGAAGGAGCUGCGAGCGAAUGCGAGCGAACUCAGUGCUCGACUAUCGAAGUUAGAACUGGAGCAUCAGGAGCUAUCAAAACGAAUGGAACAAGCUGCGGGAGAACUGGCCUCAGUAUCAGAACAACUGUCUGCUGCGCCAAAAUUAGCAGACACGCCGAGAAGAUUAGGAGAAUUGCAGAUAAUGGUAGCUGACUUUGGUUCUCAGAUAAAAAGCUUUGACGGUGCAUUAACAUCAACUCGGAAGCAAGCUGUCGCAGCGACGACUGGUGUCGAGGAAGUGAAGAACCUUCUUCAUCAGUUAGAAGCGAAAACCAACGAGACAAUCGUUAACGUCACAGCCAACGUUAAGAGGGACGAGGACUUAAAGAAUCAAAUGAAUUCCUUGAACACGACCCUCGUUGCAAGGAUAGAUGGGCUGCAGACGAAACUUGAUCAGAUGAACAAACCAGUCAGUACAGCGGCCCCGGUGACGUCAUCAGUACCGCCAGCAGUAUCGCCAGCUGCUACCAAUAACACGACACCUCCCCUCCUCGACCCUCGAGGACCUGCAAAGCCUUUCGUUCUGCAGUGAUGUAUCAUCAUACAACGCCUCAAUUUGUAUAAUAAGGGUUGCUCACAGACUUGUCAACGUCCACACGACAAAUAGGAGAAUAUUUCCCCGAAAACAAAUGCUAAAUAAAAUAAUACCCUCCAGGUUAGAAGUUAUAAUGUAAAAAAAUAUUUUUCUGAAGAAGGAUUUUUACCCUUGCAACAAUCUAUACUUUUGUUGUAAGCCAAAUUUUAGUCUAGACGUAUGAAGUGCGGAGGUUGUUUAUUUCAUCAAGAAUUGUUUUAAAGUUAGCUUAAUAAACAAGCGUUUGAAACGUUUAAAAUAGAUUAAAGUUGUUCGUUUUUAAGUCAUAAAAUAAGGAAGAUCUUUAAACGAAUGAGAUCUCGAAGCCUUAAUAUAUUAUGUAAAUUCAAGGUACGUAUAGACUAUAAAUUAUUAUUUAAAGAGCGAUUAAUUUAUUUAAAAUAAAAGAUACAAAGAUUUAUAAAUGAAUGUAGUAUGAAUAAUGUGUCAAAUCUAGUUUAAAAACUGUCGCACAACAGUUGUAAUAAAUAAUCGCCGAGUCUAUACCAACCUUUUAUUAAU